CCCGAACCUUGCCGUGCAGGGCGCCAAGGCGGGCAUAAGAGGGCCCAUCAAAGCCCCAAGAAGGCGAAACAUACAUGGGAAGCAGGGGCGUCUGGCUCAAGCUCUUGCAGGCUUGCGUUGGGCAGGCUCAGCGGGUGGCUCACCGCGGGGCUCAGCAGGGGCGUCUGGCUCAAGCUCGCCGCGGGGUAGGCUCAGCGGGUGGCAUGCAGAUCAUCGGGAGCAUCUGCAGGUUCUACCAGCAGGGGCCCUGCUCGAGAGGCACCGACCUGCCCCCGACGAGUCCGCCGCGGGGAGCGCACGGGCCCUGCCAGAGAGAGCGGGAAACGGCGUUCCACGAGGGCGCGCCCUGGGCAAGCAGCGGGGAGAGCUUGGAGAGCUGGACCUCGAGCGGGGCGGACUCCUGCCAGGCGGAGCGCGGCGCGAGCCUGCGAGGGGGCGCGCCCCCGGCGAGCGCGGGGCCGGCGGGGGGCCGGGGCGCCGGGGCCUCGAGGCCCGGAGGCCGCAGCUGGGCGGACAUGUCCGAGGAGCUGUGGAGCGACGGGCCCGCCGCCCCGCCGGGGCGCGCGCCCGGGGGCCCGGCCGCCGGGCCCGCCGUGGCCGCCUCGGCGGGCGAGCGGCUGCCGUCCUUCAGCGACCGCAUCGCCCAGAUCCCCGAGUUCCUGCCCGGCGACGGCGGCGGCGCCCCGCCGCGGGAGCUCGAGGAGGAGGCGGAGGGCGGCGUGCCCCGGUCCAAGUCGAACAUCCGGCGGCGGAACCGGCAGAGAAACGAGGCGAGGGCGAAGCUCAUGAGGCUGAACAGCGCCACGUCCGUGCCAAUCUUGCGCCUGGGCGGGGCCCCGUGGCCAAUGCCGCCCGCCCAGUACGCGCCGCGGACCCAGUCGGCGUCGCCUCGGAGGCCUCCGGCCCCGCCGCCCUCGCCGAAGCUGCUGCGCCGCAGGGAGGACCACGAGCCCGACGACUCCGGGGACGGCGGCCUGGCUUUCGAAGCAGGAGAGGGAGUCGGAGAUGCGCUCAGUGUCUGCACUCUCCUCGCUCUGGUGACUUUAUCUUUCCACCUUCCAUCCAUGCGGGGCUGGUGGCCUUCCCUGUCGAUUUCGAGACCAGCCACAUCCGCGACCAGCGUAAGUCACGUGAAGCCUUUCGUAGAGACGUUCGGGAGCUUCUGUGAUUGGCAGAGUAAGGCUUGCAAGAAGAAGUACCAUGUGUGCUGGAGCGAGACACAGACCUUACAGACUAACAUCCUCCGCGCCGCGGACAGCCUCGUCAUGAACCCAUCGGUACUGGAUGACGUAUUGAAAUAUAACUUGCUCAUCCCGUUUCCGCAUUCCAUCCGAGAGUGCCGCGAUUUUGGCCAGAGUUCUGGAACCAGGAAGGAUUGGCGAAGGACUACGAACAUCGCAUUCUCUGAGAAAAGAGGCAGCCGCAAGUGAGCAUAGUAUCCAUUUGCAUCCCGAACUUCCUUUCUCAUUCUGCCCUAUUCGCUCUCAUUGUUUUCCGAUUGCCGCAAGGUCCCGAAUGUGGGCUUAGCAGGCGCAGGUGGAGCAAGCCACUGAUUCGACUCACACGGUGUCGUGCGUACUUUGGUCUCCACACCGCCACCAGAACUGCUUCUCAGCGUAUUUCGGCCACUUGGCGAGCAGCGCCAUGUCGUGCAUGUCAUGGGACAUUCGAGACAUGCUCUUUUCCUGUAGGGGAGAUCUGCCGCCACCACAGCCGAGCUUCAAUCUGGACGCGUGGGCACAGUAAGCUGCAGCAUUGGCACCCACCAGCAAAAGUUCUGAGUGGACACGGGGGAAGCAGAGAAGGGAGGAGGGACAGGGGAAGGCACGCAAUACCAACAUAAUGUUGACAGCGGCUAGAGCCAGGCGCUCGCUACUGCUGUCGCCCACGGGCAUGGCGUUUGAAUUCAGCUCGACAGAGCUGGCAACCUGUUGCCAAGUAGCCCUGAACGCACGCCAGUUCAUGAUAGGGAUAUUCUGACAUGAAUUUUAUUUGCUCGUCAGUGCAUGCCCUGCACUUCGGGUUUAGUCCUUGCGGUAUCUACCUCGCGGAGGCGUCGCGUCCCUCGUGCUGUCUUGGGAUGCCAGAUUGCGUGUGACGUUUGAUUACGGCUGUGACCAUGUUCUGAGGCACGGCCUCACCCCGUCUCCGGUAGGCCUGGGCUGCUGUCCGCAUUCGGUCGUCGGAUGUGCCCAGGCAAAUCGCCGCCACGUGGGUGUUUGCAUGCACCAGAAAAAAAUUCGCCAGCGCGCGCGCGUACCGAUAUGUGGUAUCCCCAGUGGCCUUGGUGCCGAAACGAACG